AUUUUACAGAUGAGGAAACUGAGGCAGGGAGGUUAAAUGACUUGCCUGGUGUCAAAGAGCUAAUAAGUGCCUGAGGUAGGAUUUGAAUUUGAGUUUUCAUGAUUCCAAGGCCAACACUCUCUCCAUUUAAUCACUUAGCUGCCUAGUAUAUCCAGCUGGCAUGACAAAAAGAGCAUUACCUGACAGGAUUCAUCAUUGAUAACAUACCUAAAUAACAUUAAUAGGAGAGCACAUGCACAGUUUGAGACUAUGAGCAUAUUCAUCUUAAACAAAAUAAAAAACCAAAGCAUGGCUAACAAAGUCUAGCUAAUUAUCUGUAGCACACUAGCUGGAAGGAAACAUUAGCGUAUAUACAACAGUGAGCACAACUAACAAGCAGACACUGCUGAUCAAGACACCAGUUGAGAUUAGAUAACAAAUUUGUUGAGCACUUGAAGGCCACUCUAAUGUUUGGCACCGAAUGUUUCUCAAGGUCCUAAUAAAAAACAAGGAUUAUUUGUAAGUUUGGCUGGUGGGGGGCUGAGGACAGACCUUUUAGCAGACAGGGCGGGCUGUUGAUGAGAAUCAGCAAAAGAGGCCAGGAAGGGGAGUGAUCAGUGGAGAGAAGAACCAAGAGAAGGAGGUGGAGAGCCCUGGGAGAACAGCCUGAAGGAAGCUGGCCACCAGCAAUGAACCGUGUGCGCGAGGGCUAAGACAGAGAAGAAUUGGGAGAUGGAUUCGGAAAUACACACAAAUGAAAAGGAAGUAGCAGAGAAGGAAGUAACUCUCCACUUGUUACCAGGUGAACAACUGCUUUGUGAAGCCAGCACAGUACUUAAAUGUAUCCAGGAUGAUUCGGGUCAGCAUGGAAUCUGUGGGAAACUCGUUUGCACAGACUUCAAGAUUGCCUUCCUUGGAGAAGAAUCUACAUUGGAUGAUAAUGAGCCUCAAUUUAAGAAUAAGUUGAUAGGAGAAAAUGAUAUUACUUUGCACUGUGUUGACCAAAUUUAUGGAGUGUUUGAUGAGAAAAAGAAACCAUUGUUUGGACAACUAAAGAAAUACCCUGAAAAGCUCAUCAUCCACUGCAAAGACCUCCGAGUAUUUCACUUCUGCCUGAGGUACACAAAAGAAGAGGAAGUUAAAAGGAUUGUCAGUGGCAUAAUUCAUCAUACCCAGGCUCCUAAACUACUUAAACGAUUGUUUCUAUUUUCCUAUGCAACUGCUAAGCAAAUCAGUACAGCCACAGGCCCCACACACCAAACUGUAAUGUUUGACACAAUUAAGGACUGGCAUUGGGAACUGGAGCGAACGAAAGGAAACAUAAAAUACAAAGCAGUGAGUGCCAAUGAAGGCUAUAAAGUCUGUGAAAAGCUGCCUGCCUACUUUGUUGUUCCUGUUUCUCUUCCUGAAGAGGAUAUAUCAUGUUUUCAAGGACGAGGUAUACCUAUUUGGUGUUGGUCUUGCCAUAAUGGUUGUGCCCUUUUGAAAAUGUCAGCUUUCCCCAAAGAACAGGAUGAGUCCAAUUUACAAAUACAAAAAGCCUUCUUGGAUGGAAUUUACAAGACCAUCCACAACCCACCUUAUGAAACUUUAAAAACUGAGGACCUAUCAAACAGUUUCAUAUCCCUACAGGAAAUCCAGACCUCAUACUCUAAAUUUAAACAGCUAUUCCUAAUAGACAAUAGUUCUGAAUUUUGGGACACAGAUGUGAAAUGGUUUUCAUUAUUGGAAAGUAGCAACUGGCUGGACAUUAUCAGACGCUGUCUGAAAAAAGCAAUAGAAGUAAUUGAAUGUCUAGAAGUACAAAACACAAAUGUUCUUCUUAUAGAGGAGAAUGCAUCUGACCUGUGCUGCAUAAUCUCCUCUCUGGUGCAAGUGAUGAUGGACCCAUACUGUAGAACCAGGUUUGGCUUUCAGAGCCUCAUCCAAAAGGAAUGGAUAAUGGGUGGGCACUGUUUCUUGGAUCGAUGCAACCAUCUACGCCAGAAUGAUAAGGAGGAGGUUCCUGUUUUCCUACUUUUCUUAGACUGUGUUUGGCAGUUGGUACAACAGUAUCCUCCAGCUUUUGAGUUCACGGAGACUUACUUGACUGUUUUGUCAGAUAGCCUGUACAUACCUAUCUUUAGUACCUUCUUCUUCAAUUCACCAUAUCAGAAAGAUGCUAAUGUGGGUAAGGAAAGCCAGGACUCACAAAACAAGCCUUUGAGUCUCCUAACCGUUUGGGAUUGGUCUGUGCAAUUCGAAUCUAAGGCUCAGAUUUUGCUCAACAAUCCUCUUUAUGUGGAAAAGCCAAAACCAGACAGAAACCCAAGGAGAGCCCCACAUUUUAAACACCAGCGACAGCUUUCUCUACCACUUAACCCAAAUAAAUCAUCUCCUAAAAGAGGAUUUUUUGAAACAGACCACUUAAUCAAGAACCUCCUAGGCAAGAGAAUUAGCAAACUAAUUAAUUCUUCUGAUGAACUUCAUGACAAUUUUCGAGAAUUCUAUGAUAGCUGGCAUAGCAAAAUUGUUGAUUAUCAUGGACUGUUGCUUCCUCAUAUAGAGGGUCCAGAAAUCAAAGUUUGGGCCCAACGCUGUCUGCGUUGGAUUCCAGAAGCCCAGAUCCUGGGAGGUAGCCCAGUGGCCAUUAUGAACAAAGUCUUAGAAAUGAUGGAAGAGGUUCAGAGCUUGCAAAAAAAAAUUGAUGAGAAGCACAACAGCCUGAUGGCUCCUCCCCUGGAUGGCCUGUCACUGCUAAGGAAGCCUGCCCGCCUGUCCUCUUUGUUUCCCUUUGCUUUACUCCAGAGGCAUUCCUCCAAGCCAGUCUUGCCCACAAAUAGUUGGAAAACAUUGGGUGAUGAGGAAGACUUGGCCAAACAAGAAGAUGAAUUUGUUGAUCUAGGUGAUGUGUGACUUAAAUUUUUUUUUUGUCAGUUACUCAAAAACUGUGGAGAAGGAGACCACCGAAGACUGUUGUGGGUUCUUGGCACUUAAAAUGGAUCAUAGUAUAAGACCUAAUAUAUUAGCAAAGUGUUUUUGUGGUUUCGGCUAGGUCAUCACCAGCCUAGUGGCCAGGAAAAUGGAUGGUUCUUUGUUUACUGUGGCUAAUGAAAAACUAUGCAACUGAAACUGUCUCUAGGAGAGUUACUUUCAAGGUAUUAUAACUUGACACUUGAAUAGGAUCGUGUCCUCUUAUGUAAUUUCUACAAAGCAACUGUCAGGAAGAUGUUUUCAUGUCUGGAUUACAGCUAAAGGACUUGGUCAAUUGUUCUUGGUCUUAACACUUUGCUAAAAUUCUUUCUGUGCCAAAAUUGUUACCAAGUCAGUAAGAAGAGUCAGUUUUCUUAUCCAUGUCAUUUUAAGAUACCUCUAAAAAUGCAUUUGUGUAAAGGAUCAAAAGAUUUAUUAGAGCAUGGGAAGGAUGUGAAGAUGUGUUAUGGUGUAUGUUUAAGCAAAACAGUUCAUUGUUCUCUACAUCUCAGGCAUUGAAAAGCUGAGAUUCCAGAUCCUUGAUUUUCUGAUCAUUACUUUCACCCUUCCAUUGUUUAGCUUUGUAGUUGCUAGACAGAGCAGAUUUAGUAACACAUUUGUAUAUGCUAUGCUGUACAUCCUUCUCUAUGUGGGAUUCCUUCAUUCAUUUAUUCAUUCAGCAAAAUGUAUUAAGCACCUUCUGUGUGCAAGAUACUAAGCUGCACUUAAUUAGCAUUCCUCCACUUUCUGGAUGCCUUGAUAUACUUCUAAUUGCUUGCUGCUAAUCCCACUAGCCAGACUGAGUUUUUCUUCAGCUUGCUAGGGGAGCCUCCAAUUCCUUCUAAUGGGGCUAAAUUUUUCAUCUGAGCCUCCCAGUAUUUGAAGCUAACAGCUUAACGUUUUUCUUAGUGCACACUGAGACUCUAGAUCUCUUUUACUAGAGCAUUACAAACCAUAGCCUUCUGUGGCAACCCCAAAGUUGUCCUUUGAUAAUGUCUGUCCUGUGCGCAGACUGAUGGAAUGUGAUCCUUUUGAAUGUGUCUUUCACAGCUAGGAAAUCAUUAGAACAUUAGAAUCAAGAUUGCUGAAUAUCUUAUAGUACCUCAGUGAUUUUAAAAGCCAUAGAAGAAACGUGAUUUUAUGCCUGACACCUCUUUUUGAUCUGCUGUUUGAAUCAUAUAUUUUUAUGCAAAAAAAAAUACACUUUGUAAGAAUUAGUCAUUUUGCUCCUGAUGUGACCUGUCAAAUACUACAUGAGAAAGAAAAAUCAUUUGUUGAGGUUUCUAAUUUAAUGUUUCUUUUUGUACUUGUAUGUGUUUAUAUCUAAUAAUAGAGCCUCUUGUAAUUGUUCGAUGUGGGAAAAAACCCUUACUUGCUCAAGGACAAUGACAAAGAAUGUUGAAACUGUCGUUAGAGGAGUUUCUAAGUUUGCACUGAAUCAUCUUUAUACAUACAGUAAAUUGUUGACUGUUCUCCCAUCUCCAUGUUAACUUAUGAGCCAGGUUGAAUCUAUUUAGUUGAGAGAUGUUGAGUCUGGGGGAGAAUAGGAUUAAUGUGAGUGAGGGGAGGUUCACAAUUAAAAAGUUCCAAGUCUAGGUUGCCUUAUAAGUCUUAAUAGUGAGGACAGUGUAAAGCUUUCAAUAGCAGUUUUUAAUAAGGACACUAGUUCCAUAGCUCCCUUCUGUUACAUGGGCUUUCUUAAACUAGCACUAACCUCUCCACAUUGCUCCACUUUCUCAUCCCCCUACCCACCCCCCAAAUACACUAUGGAGCUAGCUAUUUUUGUUACCAUAUUAUUAUAAAGUGAAUAUUUAUACAGUAGCCUAUAAAAACUUCGGAUUUUUAGUAAACAUGCAUUCCAAAAAUACUUUGUGUGAUGCUUUAUGCUCCAGAAGUCUUGGGUCAGAAUCACAAAUUUGUGACCAUGGUAAUAGUAGUUGAUUGUGCAUUGGAAUAUUUUUAUAUACUUUUGCAAACUGCAGUCCAGGAAAAGAAGAGUAAGCUGUUGUAACAUGUAAAGUCAUGAUGGUUAUGUAUUUAUAUUUGAAAUCAGAUUUCUAUAACUUGUAUUUGUGUACAAAAUUAUCAAAUGGGUUUAUAUAUUGUGAAAUUUUUAUUAAAGAUUGAAACAUCAGAAGUGCUUAAUUGUAAAAGCUGAAGUGAAACCAUUUAAAACUUUGUUGAAGAUGCUGCACUGCAAGUUUAGAAAUGUACAUUAAUUUACUGUAUAUAAUAUCCUGAGUUUCUCUUUAUACCUCCAAGUUUUUACACUGAAUACAAGCUAGCUUUAAUUGAAUUUUAAAACAUGCCUGUUGUUUUGUUUUUUGUUUUUUGAGGAAUAAGCUGUUGGACAAAAUCUGUAUAAAUUUGCUUUUUAUUUUACUGUAUGUACAAUUAGAGUUUAUAUACUUGUAUCACACUGCAUCAUAUCUGAUAGCAGGAAUUAAAGCACAGUUUUAAAAUAGCA